AUGGCUCUGUCCAUUGAGUUCCUCCGCCAAUAUUCAAAUCGCCAUCAUGGAGUCAUCCAUCUCAAAUCGUACGAGGAUCUGGCCAAUGUCACAUCAGGGGUGUACACCUAUGUCCCGACGGCUUUUGCGAUCUUAGCGGUGGCGCUCUGGAACAUCUGCGCCUUGGAUGUUCUCCGCCUGGAACCUUUUUUCCAACUCGCCAAGCCGGAAGGAGCAUCUGGCUCCGUUCUAUUCACCAACUAUUGCUUCUUCUACGGCAUCUUGACGCCGAUAAUGGCGGUACGAAACCGCCAUUGGGUUGUUGCAAGCGUCGCCUCGAUGGCUUUAGUUCUCCGAGUUAUGCUACCAUCUAUUCUUUCCGGGCUCGUCAAUCUGGAUGAACCGACCAUCGUCGCCACAAGACAUCUCAAUACUUGGCCGAAGAAAGAUUCCACGGCCGUCAUUGCUUUACACGGCGCUGGUUGUCAGACUUUUUCGGUUGUCGGCGUACUCGUCGAUAUUGAUGCAACAUCGAAGGAUCUUACAGCAAAUGCGACCACCUUUGGGUGUCUCAGCACAUAUUUGCGCGCAACUGCGGAUAUCACACUGCCCAAAAACUCUUCCAUAGCCGAUGCCACAAAUCUUUCGGCAGACACAACAACACUCACGGCCACCGAUUUCAGUAUUUCAGCAUUUCAAAAUCUUCUGUACGGAAGAUAUCAUGCCAAUGAUCUCGCAUUGUGGAACAACGGCAAAUCUUUCGAUUAUCCUGCAAUUACGAAUUCGAAUGACACUUCCAGACCUACCGAUUCUAGCCUGAUGAGCAUUGGCCAGUAUCAAGAUGGCAUCAGUCGACUGUGGAAUCAACACUUCCUUGUCUCCAUGGGCAAAUUCUUUAAUACAACUACCACUCCGACAACUGUUGAAGCAAAACGCAGUACAGACACUAUCAUAUACAGCGUCACUUCUCACUCUGCUCUUGUUGCAGAGGCUCUGCUUCUGUCGGCCUUUCUGCUGCUGUUGUUGAUGGCAUUCUUCUACCCACUCCGGCCUAAUUUUCUUCUGUCCGACCCUGGCUCGAUUGUGGCACAAUGUGCUCUGGUCACAGACAUGUUCUCUUCUCUUGACCUGUUGACAAACUCUGAUAUCGACUUCUAUCGCGCGACUCCUCGACAGCUUCGCCAUUUCUCCCGGUCUCUCUGGUGCAGGUUAGUUGAAGGACCCAACGGAAAAUCCAUCGAGAUCAGUCGCUGUGAGACACAAGUGGCGGCAUCUGGCUCCCGGGCAUCCCGAGCGCCACGCAGAAUACGACAUAACGCCCGGCCCCAUUUCUUGACGCCUCCUUGGUUUCUCAUUGAGUGUUUCCUCAUGGCAGGUGUGCUUGGAGCAUUUGGAGUGUCCUUUCAAUUCAUUCGUCUCGACAAGUUUGAUACCUCUUACUCUGCUGGGACGACGAUUCUUGCGCUUUUUCUCAUAUACGGUCCAACAGUCAUUGCAUCUAUGAUCAGCUCUCUCUUUGUCUCUGUACAUCGGCAUAUCGGGACCAUGGAGCCUUGGGUUCGACUUCGAGAGGGGAUGGCCCUGGCCGGCUCUACCCUCACGGUGAAUUAUGGCUCCCACACGCCUUUAACCAUCUGGAGACAGUUUCGUGAGAACAGGCCUCCACUUCUCAUCAUGCUAUCGGCUGUAUGUCUACUUGACUUUUCCUUAACAAUCGUCAGUAGUGGAAUGUUCGAGCCAUCUGUCGAUCGCUGGACAGAUCAUACAACUUCCCUCUCUGCACCGUACAACGCCUCUCAUUUUGACAGCCCUACGAUUCGAGCCAGUUUGAGUGGCUUUAAUCUUAUAGUGGACGGCUUAUUCACUGGUAAUUCUCUUUUAUCCUGGACUACGACAAACUUUUCCUUCUUUCCAUUGGAAAUCAACGAUUCCGAUGCGGAAUACACCGACUGGACGAUGUACAGUGCCCAGACACGUGGGAUCGGGGUGGAGCUUCUUUGCAGUGAGACUUUUCUUAACCAUUCCCUAUUUGACGAGCUGUCGGAUCCUUCAUACUGGACGUAUAUGCCAGCUGUCAAUACCUCGGGUAUGCCGUGUACUGCAGAAGUACAUCGACCGUCCAACGACAUGAAUUCCUCCAGCACAUCCCUUGAAUUCAGCACAUCGGUGAACUCCAGUCUCGCAUGUCAGACAUCCUUCGUGGUAGCGCGAUAUGGAGAUUUCAACGACACGAGUAAUGCCCACAAUUCUGGGGGUAGUCCAACCGUCUUCCAUUGCAGCCCCAAAGUCUUUAUUGAUGAUUUUGAGGUUCACUUUGAUCCUGACGGUAUGAUUCAGGACUAUCAGUCGGUAUCUGGGGGCUCUGUCGCAGGCGGACAAAUGUUUCACAACGUUUCGAAGAGUCUUGCAGCUUUUAACCAGGCUUUCGUGCACGAUUCUGGAGCUGAUGACUCCUGGCCUGCCUUCUUAACAUCUCAAGUCUACGAUAUCCUCGGUUCUCAUCCGAAGUCACCGGACCAUUCCCGGUCGCAUUUCAACCACCACCAUCUUGAUCGCAAACACCGACACAAAGGUUUCUCUGGUACGGAGGCUCAAGGACAGGCACACUUACGUGAUGUCCAUCUCACCCCUACUGGAACGCCGCAUAAAGACAUCCACAUCCCGGGCACUGUGAUGUCAGCCGUGUGGGAGAUCACGCCAUCGAAUACAACAAUUGUUAUUAUCAUCAUUCUCCUUUCCCUCGAUCUCUCGGUCCUCAUGGCUGUCUUCUGGCUGCGCCAUGGGCAUUACACGGGGCCUCCUUUCCCCCCGCUCUAUCGGCUCUCUCGUGCCCUGGGCAGCUGGACCGAACAGCAGCGGAAAGAGCACCUCGAGUGCCUCGGGCAUCGGUACAAAUUCGGGGAGUGGGGUGGAGCCGACGGGCGCAUUGCGCUGGACUAUGACGAAAAACUGACCGGCGACGAAGAUUACGAGAUGGGCGGGUACGAACUACCUCGCGUGGUUCGGACGGAAGAAGCAGGAGCAGGUUCUCCUCCCAGCAUGGACUCUAAUACCCAUGAACAUAACCAUCGUACAUAG